UUAGGAACGCAAAUGAACGAAGUGGUUUUUCUACAUAAACAGAGGAAGAACAAACGAGCAAUGGCAAGUGUUGUGAUACAAUCGUGUAAGAAGAGCGUGAAAAAACAGAGAUGACAAGAUUAAUGUUAUUGUCGUUUGAGCAUAAUAACGAGAAGAAGAAGAUGUCGUUUGGUUUCAGUCUUGGUACUUGUACGUUUAUGGUGUUGUUAAUAGCUUCGUUGUCGUUGCUUCCGACCGGUGUCUUAGCUGCGGAACCGAACAAAACCCAUCAGCAAAAGAAGCUCAGAUUCGGGUCCAAUGGUGAGUUUAAGAUACUGCAAGUGGCGGAUAUGCACUUUGGUGAUGGAAAGUCCACUCCUUGUCUUGAUGUGCUUCCAAGCCAGGCCAAGGGUUGCUCUGAUCUCAAUACCUCCGCCUUCCUCCACCGCAUGAUCCUCGCCGAAAAACCCAAUCUCAUCGUUUUUACUGGUGAUAAUAUAUUUGGAUCUGAUGCCACUGAUGCUGCUAAGUCUCUAAAUGCUGCAUUUGCCCCUGCAAUAGCGUCCAACAUCCCAUGGGCUGCAGUUUUGGGGAACCAUGACCAGCAAUCCACUCUCUCAAGAGAAGGAGUAAUGAAACACAUAGUUGAGUUGAACAACUCUUUGGCUCAAGUUAACCCUUCAGAGGCUAAGUUUAUUGAUGGUUUUGGGAACUAUAAUCUUGAGGUUGGUGGAGUCAAAGGCACUAGUUUGGAAAAUAAAUCUGUUCUCAAUCUCUACUUCCUGGACAGUGGAGAUUACUCUACAGUUCCCUCCAUCCAUGGCUAUGGUUGGAUCAAAGCUUCGCAACAGUACUGGUUCGAACGUACUUCUUCAAAGCUUAGGAAAGCUUAUGAAAGCAAGCCACAACCUCAGAAAGGACCUGCCCCAGGGCUUGCAUACUUUCAUAUCCCAUUACCGGAAUUCGCUAGUUUUGACAAAUCAAACUUCACAGGGGUGAAGCAGGAAGAAGGCAUUAGCUCGGCAUCUGUGAACUCUGGCUUCUUCACAACCAUGGUUGAAGCUGGAGAUGUUAAGGCAGUUUUCACAGGCCAUGAUCAUCUAAAUGACUUUUGUGGCAAUUUAACUGAUAUUCAACUCUGCUACGCUGGGGGAUUCGGAUACCAUGCUUAUGGGAAGGCUGGAUGGCCAAGGAGGGCUAGGGUGGUUGUAGCAACACUUGAGAAACUUGAAAAGGGAGGCUGGGGAGGUGUAAAGUCCAUCAAAACCUGGAAACGCCUCGAUGACCACCACUUAACAGCUAUAGACAGCCAAGCACUCUGGAGCAAGAGUUCUUACUUGUAGCUGAAGAAGGAAACAGAUCCCUCUGCUUGAGAAUCGGAUGUUCUGUCUGGUACACACACCUUUAGUUUAGAUGAAAGCUAUAGGAGACGGCAGAGCAGAGAAUAAUCUUAACACAUUAUUAUCCAAAGCAUCAAUUACUUCUCAUCACCACAAUCACUUGUAACAGUAUCUUUGUUACUUGUUUUCUGCUACAUGUAUCCAAGUUCUUGUUUCUAAAAAAUUAUUGUUGUGCUUA